UGAAGAUGAAGAUUCAACUUUAUUGUCAUUGCACAGAGUACAAGUACUAGGACAACGAAAUGCGGUCUCUGCAUUUGACCCAUCCUAGUGUUAGGAGCAGUGGGCUGCCAUUAUGUACGGCGCCCGGGGAGCAGUGUAGGUAACCAGUGUCUUGCUCAGGGACACCACGGUGGCACUUGGUUUUCGGGGACUUGAACUGGUGACCUUCCAGUUCCCAGGCCAAGCCCCUAUGGACUUCGCCACCACCGCCCCCCUUAUAGCAGUUUCAUUAGGCAUCAAAGAAUAAAUGCCCAGGUAAGGAGUGAUGUGUACAAAGAUAAUUAAUUGGUUGAAUUUUCACGUUUUGUUUGGUGUCAAAUUGGUUGCUCCAAAUGAAAGCUUUGUUGACAGUCUUAAACUGUUAUUGCUGUAAGGAUAAACCUUUAAGUUAUAAAACUGAAUCCAAACAGAAGCCUUAACUGCAAUAUAAACUUUGAUAAACCAAUUUAUAUUUGGCAGAGGAGUGUGAUGCCACAAUAAUGUUUCAAUAAUGUUUACAGCCUUCAGCAUCUCAGGCUGAGCCCAAGCCAUACUUGGGGAGAGGCCAAACAUGUGUUGUUGGUACAGCUCUGGUUCGGUCUCUGCUAGAGAGGGGAUCCUCUAGGUCAGGGAUCGCCAACAUAGAGAUAAAUAUACCAAGUUCUGGGCCACUUACUAGAGGUUAAGAGGUUAGGUUAUUAGUUAGCAAAAAUAAAUCAAGUGUAGGUCAAUUAUGCUUGAUACUUGAAUUAGCUUUAAGAAGAGCAGUUCAUUCUUUAAAACAGCAGUCUCAGAUUGCUAUAAUAAGUGGAAAUAGGAAAGGUAUAUUUCAAGCUUGUUGUGCUAAUAGGUUAUUGGGCUUUUUUAUCAUCCAAGAUUUGUUACAAAAUGUGCUCAAUGUGAAUUGACUGAAUACUGCUCUGCAAUAUAUGUUUACAUAUAUAUUUAAGAAGUACAAGAUAAGAAAAAGCACAACUUUCAGGUGGGGGCCAUAUUCCAUUAUACAUUUGGAAUAUGCUGUGGGCCAAUUCAAAAUGGACAGCGGCCGCUGUUGGCUCCCGGACUGUAGUUUGGACUCCCCUGCUCUAGGUCUCUAAAACUGUGCCAAUAUUGUGUUAGUCUGUGGCCAAAAAGACUAAUCUGUAAAGAAACAGAAAUGCUAUAGAAUUGUUUUUGUGCAAAAGACUGAAUAAAAUAAAAGAAUGCUUAAAAUAGUAAUUAUGUAAAGGAUGGAUUUAGGAAUUUCUUAAAUACAUUUAAAAUAUCAGAAUCAGAUUUACAUAGGAUUUGUCCUAGGAUCAUCGUUAUAUUUGUUUGUUUUUUCUUCUUGUAUUUUAAUAUAUUUUCCCCAACAGCCUAAUCUCUAGCUUUAAAUGACUAUUUCCGAUUUUUUCAUGAAUGCUAUUAACUGAUUUUGGCGUUGUUUUCUCACUGACACCUAUCCUCGGAUGCAAUUGGGGGUCCCAUCCAGGCGCCUGGAGGUCCUCGGACCUCAUGUUGGCCAACACAGACACAAACACACACGUAUACACACACAUGCACGUUGUUAACGCUGUUCCAUUCAUUUCACUCUCAUCUGACGGAGGCAGACGGAACUCUAGCGGCCAAACUCCUCACCGACUCCGCAUCGUCAGUCCUCAGAGAAAAACACUGGGGCUGUUGCUGCUCCGGCUCACUUUUUUUCCUUGGGUCGUUUUUUUGCAGCGUGUGUGUUCGUGGGUUGCAUUUGUGAGCAUGCAAGGCAACGGACGUCACCGAAACAAGGAAUCAAGGAGAACAUGGACAAGUUGGCAACUUUUAUUUUACAAAUGCACUUUAUAUUUAUUCAUCUUUAGUCUGGAACUGAAGAGGAGCGUCACGGCGCCGCUGGACUCUGACGAUUUCGCUUUCUUUCAUGAGGGCUCCCAGGGGUGCCUGGGGGUGCGGGAUCACUCCCUCGUCUUGGCAUCCUCCUGUGAGGAAGACAACCAGCGCUGGAAGUGGGUGUCCCGGGGUCGCCUGUUCAACCUUGGCUCCUCGCUGUGCCUGGGUGUGACAACGGGUAAUGCCUCCUCAAGAUCGGACAAGUCUCCUCUGGGCGUGUACACCUGUGACCGUGAGCCCAGAAUACGCUGGACCUGGAACUGUGGCCAGGUGUUGGAAAACCUCAACAUCUAUCUUCCCUCACCCUCAUUUUGGAACUCCUCCUCCACCUCCCCUCCUUCAAAGCUCAAGUGGACCAUGCAUGGUGAUGUGCAGGACCUGUGCUCUAAAACAUAUCAAGAGAUCUACACAAUCCAGGGCAACUCUCAUGGACAGCCCUGCUAUCUGCCCUUCCUGUAUGAUGGCCAGUGGUUCCACAGCUGCACCAGUAUCGGGCGUGAGGAUGGUCACAUUUGGUGCGCCACCACCCACGACUACGGCAAAGACGAGCGCUGGGGCUUCUGUCCUGUAAAGAGCAGUGGCUGUGAGACCUUCUGGGAUACUGACCCGCUGACUGACAGCUGUUACCAGUUUAACUUCCAGGCUACACUGUCAUGGAGCGAGGCUCGGAUCAGUUGCCAGCAGCAGGAAUCAGACUUGCUAAGCAUCACCAAGCUGCAUGAGCAGACAUACAUCAAUGGUUUACUGACAGGCUACAGUGCUGCUUUGUGGAUUGGCCUUAAUGACCUGGACAUCAGUGGAGGCUGGCAGUGGACCGACUCCUCGCCACUGAAAUAUCUCAACUGGGAGCAAGACCAGCCAAACCAUGCUGAGGAGGAGAACUGUGCUGUGAUAAGAACUGAGACAUCAGGUCGUUGGCAAAACCGUGAAUGCACUGUUGCUCUGCCGUAUGUCUGUAAGAAGAGGCCCAAUGCAACUCUGGACCCCUUCACUACUGACUCGUGGGCUGAUGAUGAGAAAUAUGAGUGUGAUGUGGGCUGGCAGGCUUUCCAGGCUGGCUGCUACAAGCUGAAUUCAGACAAGAUAGACUGGGAUACAGCUCAGAAAACCUGUCAGAGGAUGGAGGCCAACUUGGUCAGCAUCCACACAUUACCUGAGCUAGAGUUCAUCAUACGCAACCUCAAGAAAGACAUUGACCAGCUGUGGAUAGGCCUCCAUGAUACUAAUAUGCAAAUGGACUUCCAAUGGACUGACCACACGCCUGUCAUCUUCACCUACUGGCACCCCUUUGAACCCAACAACUUCCGCAACACCCUAGAAGAUUGCAUCUCCAUCUGGGGAGCUGAGGGCCGCUGGGAUGACAGCCCUUGUAAUCUGACUCUGGCCUCCAUCUGUAAGAAAUCGGGAACAAAGAGUGAUGGAAAGCUACAACACCAAGACUGCAAACAAGGCUGGAAGUGGCACAGUCCAGCAUGUUACUGGGUGGGAGAAGAUCUGUCUACUUUCGAUGAGGCCAGGAAGGCCUGUGAGGACCAUGGAGCUGCCCUCGUCACCAUUACCAAUAGGUUUGAGCAGGCCUUCGCCAACAGCCUGGUGUUGGGUCGCUCUGGAGACUCCUUCUGGAUUGGCCUCCAUGACCAGGCCAGCCCCGGCUCCUUCCACUGGCUAAGCGGGGAUGAAGUGUCUUACACCAAUUGGAAUCGCGAUCAGCCAGUCAGCGUCCACGGGGGAUGCGUUUCCAUGGCGAUGGGCAUCGCAACAGGUCUGUGGGAGGUGAAGGAGUGUGCGUCAUCAAAGGCGAAAUUCAUCUGCCGUCAGAACCAGGACACGUCUCUGAGUCCCGAGCCGCCCGCCCCUCAGCCCACCCCGAGCCUCAGCGGCGCCUGUCCCAGCGGCUGGAAGAGCAACAGCAACCUGCGCUACUGCUACAAGGAGUUUCAUUCCUCCCAGCUGGAAGAGAAGCUGAGCUGGCUGCAGGCUCAUCUAACCUGUCGGAGACACGGAGCCAACCUGCUGAGCAUCAGCAGCCCUGAGGAGGAGCACUUUGUUCUGCAGGUCCUCCACGAGACCUUUGGGGAGUCAGAGGAUGAGCAGCAUUGGUUUUGGAUUGGAUUGAAUCGCAGAAACCCGGUGGACAACGGCAGCUGGAAGUGGAGUGAUGGACUGGCUUUCACGUACCAGAAUUUUGGCCGCUACUACUACAAUGUCCGGCAAUGUGCUGCAGCAGACUUGGGCACAAUGACCUGGCUGGCCAUGCACUGUGACUCUGAGUUAGACUGGAUCUGCAAGAUCCCUAGAGGUACUGUUGAAGAGGAACCAGAGGAAUCUGAAGGAACCACUUCCACGGAGUGGAUUGGCUUCCAGGAGGCUGAAUAUAGAUUUUUUGACCAUCGCAGCACUUGGGACCAGGCCCGGAGGAUUUGUUCCUGGUUUGAUUCCUCUCUGGCCUCCGUCCACUCAGCUGAGGAAGAAGCUUUUAUCGCCAACACUUUAAGCAAGAUGACGAAGGCACAGAGUGACAACUGGUGGCUGGGGCUUCACACAUACGAGAAUGAUGGACGUUUCCACUGGUCUGACCACUCGGUGCUCAAUUACGUGUCCUGGGCCCUUGGUAAGCCACACCCAGUCAGCCGUGAUCGCAGGUGUAUCCACAUGUCUGCCAACAAAGCAGAUUGGGCAGAUCAGAAGUGCCACUCUGACCUUCCCUAUAUCUGUAAGAGAGUGAAUGUCACAGGCACCAUCCCUCCUACCCCCUCAAUCCCACACCCACCUUCAGGCUGCCCUGACGGAUGGUCUUCCUUUCAACAUAAGUGUUUCAGGGUGUUUGAUCAGUCUCACCGACUCACAUGGUCUGCAGCCAAGUUGAAAUGUGAAACGCAGGGAGGUGUACCAGCAGUGGUUUCGAAUCAUUUGGAGCAAGCCUUCGUCAUCACCCUGCUUAAAAAUGCCAGUGUUGACCUAUGGGUGGGUCUGACCUCAGACUCUAAAGGUCAUUUCCAGUGGGCCAAGCCUGGCCUGUUGAGCUACACCAACUGGGCUCCUGGUGAGCCCCUCGACAACAGCGGACCACACCACAACAGGACCCCGGGAAACUGUGUGGUGAUGAUUCAUGGUAACCCACGGAAGAACACCGGCAUGUGGGCCUCCAGAGCCUGUGAGAUGGAAAGUAAUGGCUUCAUCUGUCAAAGGCAACAAGAUUCAGGUCUGCCACCAGCCCCGGUUCUUAUCCCUGCCACCCUGUCAAAGCCUGUUGAGCUGGGUGGAGUGACUUACAGGGUUGUGGAGAAGCGUCUGGACUGGAUCGGAGCCCUACACCUCUGUGAAUCCUUGAAUGGGACCCUGGCCAUGGUGAAGGAUCCCUACCAGCAGGCUUACCUCACUCUCCUGAUCAACAGCCUACACCGGCCCGCAUGGACAGGACUCUACAACUAUGGAGGACGGAGCUUCACCUGGCUGGGUGAAGAAGAAGUGUCGUAUACAAACUGGAAAUAUGGGGAGCCGCAUCAGACUGCUGGAUGUGGCCACAUGACCACUACUGGGCAGUGGACUAUGAAUUCCUGUGAUAGUAAAUUAGACACUGCUAUCUGUCAAAUCAGUGAUGACCCUGUUCUGCACGAGUGGGUCUUUCCUGGUCAGUGCCCCCACUCUCUGGGAGAAUGGGCGUGGGUGCCUUUCAGACAGCAAUGUUAUGCCUUUAAUCUGCAAAGUCUUAAACUGCAGCAGGAUGCACGUACAUCCUGUAAAAAAGUGGGAGCUGAACUUCUCUCUAUCUUGGACGAGACAGAAAACGGAUUUGUGUGGGAACACAUCCAGAGCUAUGCGGAGCAGGCUCAUGGAGCUUGGCUAGGCAUCAAUGUUAAAGGCAGAGGUCUGGUUUGGAGUGAGGACACAGUGAUGUCCUACACCAAUUGGGAGGCACAUGAUGUCGCCUUCUCUUUUCUGUCUCCAAACUCCUGCUUCUGGAUCCAGAGCAACAGCGGCCUGUGGAAACCGGGCUCGUGCAGGAAUCGAACACAUGGAGUCAUCUGCAAACGGCCUCGCAGUGCUGAAACCCCAGUUGGCCCAUCGGAUAGCGACCAGCUGCCCACUCUGAUUGUUGUCAGUGUGACGGCCCUGGUGCUGGUGGUGCUGAUCGUUGGCAUUCUCUACUUUUACCGUCGGCGAACUGUUGGGUCUCGGGGAUCCUAUGAAGGGGCCCGCUACAGCCGCACCAACUCCAACGUUGCUGAGCAGAUAGAGAAGAACAUCCUGGUGUCGGACAUGGAGCUGAACGAGCAGGCGGAGUAGCACCAUGACACAGGAGAGGCUGAUUUCGACGAACAGACUGUUGACUGAUCUUUUGUUGUCUCAUUUGAAACCAAGAAAAGGUUUUUAAAGUGCUGAAGGGCUGUGUAGAGCGCAGCAGAUGUCUAAUUUUAAAUUGAAUUCCCGCCUUCCAAAUCCUCUUUUGCCAAGACUUCAACAUUCCUAGAAAUAUCUCUCCAGAAAACAACAGAUCCUUCCAUAUGUACAGCUUUUCCCCAAAAGCAUUCAUGAAGGCCAUGGAUGGAUCUACUGGAAGCAGCAUAAUUCAACAUUACUCAUUUUUUUAUGAAAUAACUCCACAGUAUUUGCCAUGGUGCCAAUGUCAGUUUUUGCUUGGUGUAUGUUUCCUUUUAUUGUUCCCAUUUUGAUUGAAAAACUUGCAGAGCAAAAAAUACAAUCACAGAACACCAUUUGGCUCAGUCCCCUAAAUAUACAGUCAGAGUUUUUCUUCAGGACCAAAUUCACUUUUUAAAUGUUUUUGUUUUGCCAUGACAGUAUUUACCUGACAUUGAAUUGUGUUUUUGUUGUUGUUAUUGCGUUCCUGUUAUUCCCAUUGAUUUGUCAUGAUCUGUGCAGCUGUGGGAAACUGUUACUGAUGAUGCAUGUCUGUUUUUUGUGAGUCUGCCUCUCUCCUCUAUGAUCUGACACGUCAGCACCAGCUGUCAGACAAGCAGAGGAGGAAGAAGUCAAAUUUGAAUGUGUUGAGGGUGACAGGGACCAUUGUUAGUGGUGACCGUCUGAGUGCAUUACACUAGAAUUGUGCACAUUACUGAUACUAAGUUCUGUACUUAGUAUUUAAAACUGGACUAGUAGACUACACAAUCAGACUUUCAGCUUCAGUGGAACUGCCUACGUUUUGGAACUUUGUUCUACUUACUUGAUGUUAUUCAUUCACUUGCCUUUAGUCAUUUCCCUUAAGGUACAGUUGCUGUUCAAUGAUUCCAAACGUUUUAUUUUUUCCAUCUGGUGCUGUUUCAGCAUUUGUAAGGGCAAUAUUCUCUUUGUAUGUAUGCACUAUGAAAAAUGUUUUCAAAUUUGAUAUUUUUCUGAUUCAUCAUUUUUAUGAGCCGCAUUUCACUACUCCGUAUUGGCUAUUUGUAAGAUAUUCUUCUGUAUCUCUCUCUUGGUAAUGAUGCUGGUCUCAUUGAGUGUUUUGACUUCACAUACGACUGAUAAAGCUUCACUAUUUCAAUGGGAUAACAAAGAAACUUGAACCUCUCAUUUUACCCCACAAAAGAAAAAUCCCUGGGUGAAUGACACCACUUUGAGCCAAAGAAUGUUGUUUUUGAGUAAAUUCACAAUUUUGUAAAAAGAAAACCUCAUUCCGUUCUUCUUCCCUGUCAUUUCAUGAUUUCACAUCUGUGCAGUGUAAUGACCACAUUUUCCUGAGUUUAUUUGCUUCCCCAAACUUUUUCUUUCCUUGGCUGAAGUCUCUGAGUGCAUUUCUGUCUUUAUGCUUGCACAAAUGCUUUGGAGACAUUUCAGUCUUUUGGUGUCUUAAAGAGCUGCUGUGAAAAAAACAGCUUUUUUUUGCUCUGUGAGUUGGACUAACCUAGAGGGGGAGGGGAUGAGGUGUGUGUGUGUGUGUGUGUGUGUGUGUGUGUGUGUGUGUGUGUGUGUGUGUGUGUGUGUGUGUGUGUGUGUGUGUGUGUGUGUGUGUGUGUGUGUGUGUGUGUGUGUGUGUGUGUGUGUGUGUGUGUGUGUGCAGUCUCCAGCUGUGGAAUGUUGAGUCGGCAAGAAGGGCUCAGUGGCACGUCUGGAACCAAUCAGAGAAGAAGGGCUCAGGGACAUGAAGGGUCAGAAAGAGGAUUGAAAAAAGGAAAACGAGACUAAGGAGAAAAAUGGGGGAAGAAGAAAGAGUGUGAGGAGGAGUAAGGGAUGUAUAAAGAGAGAAAGGCCAGGAAGGAGGAGGGUAAAGAGUUCAGGGGUUUGUCCCAGCCUUAGGCCGGCCUCUGGUGGUAGUUUUACUGUACAGAUGUGUCUUUAUUUGCAGAAUGAUGUGAACUGUUUAAGGUGAUGAUGUGAAAGUCAAAUACCCUUUGGCGUCUGCAAUGCAGGCCAGCUCUUGUCCCGAGAAUAUUAGCUGAAGCACCUGUUCAACUUUUUUGAAAGUUUCUGUUGCAAUUUUAUAUUAUAUGAAUAAAGUCUA